CCUCUGCGACGCCAGCUGGAAAGUCUCCCUCAGCCUAGGAUUUGACUCCAGUUUACCAACUCCUAACCCCCGCCCAUCUCAACCGCAGCUCCAACUCCGUGAGAAAGCCCCGACUUUGCAGAGCCCCAGGUGCAGUGGAGCCCGGCAAACUUGAGACACUUUUUCCUUCCUUUCCUCCAACCCAAUCCAAGUUUAGGUUCUGACUGAGCCAAGAGUGGGUGCUAAAGCAGCGGGGCAUCAGGUGUCUAGGGCGGGCCUCCAGGUCCCUGGGGGGACUCUCAGGUUGAAGUCUUGCUGUGGGCAGAGGCUUCAGGGCUUCUCCCAGAGCCGGUUGUUCUGCACCGCUGGAAAACCACGCUUCAUCGCAGCAUGGCCACCAGCCUUAGCGCAGACAGCCCGCAGCAGCUGAACCCGUUGUCUACCCAGCAGACCACACUUCUGCUACUCCUCUCUGUCCUGGCCGCUGUGCACUUGGGACAGUGGCUGGUGCGACAGUGGCGGCGGAAACCGUGGUCCUCGCCCCCGGGUCCUUUCCCAUGGCCACUGAUCGGAAACGCGGCGUCUGUGGGCCGGGCGUCGCACCUGUACUUCGCUCGCCUUGCGAGGCGCUAUGGUGACGUUUUCCAGAUCCGUCUGGGCAGCUGUCCCGUGGUGGUGCUGAAUGGCGAGAAUGCCAUCCACGAAGCCCUGGUGCAGCAGAGCAGCAUCUUCGCCGACCGGCCGCCCUUCGCCUCUUUCCGCGUGGUGUCUGGCGGCCGCAGCCUGGCGUUCGGCUCCUACUGCGAGCGCUGGAAGGCGCAGCGACGCGCGGCCUAUGGCACGAUGCGCGCCUUCUCCACGCGCCACCCGCGCAGCCGCCGCCUCCUUGAGGGCCACGCGCUGUGCGAGGCGCGAGAGUUGAUUGCGGUCCUGGUGCGACGCUGCUCAGGCGGUGCCGUCCUGGAUCCGACGCAACCGAUCAUCGUGGCCGUGGCCAAUGUCAUGAGCGCCGUGUGCUUCGGCUGCCGCUACAACCACGAUGAUGCCGAGUUCCUGGAACUGCUCAGCCAUAACGAAGAGUUCGGGCGCACGGUGGGCGCGGGCAGCCUGGUGGAUGUGCUGCCCUGGCUGCAGCUCUUCCCUAACCCGGUGCGCACCACCUUCCGCGAGUUCGAACAGCUCAACCGCAACUUCACCAACUUUGUCCUGGACAAGUUCUUCAGGCACCGCGAAAGCCUGGUACCCGGAGCUGCUCCCCGUGACAUGAUGGACGCCUUCAUCCUCUCCGCAGAAAAGAAGGAGGCCGGGGGAGCUGGCGAGGGUCCCUUCGGGUUGGACUUGGAGAACGUGCCGGCCACUAUUACGGACAUCUUCGGAGCCAGCCAGGACACCCUCUCCACCGCGCUGCUCUGGUUGCUCAUCCUUUUCACCAGAUACCCUGAUGUACAGGCCCGGGUGCAGGCUGAGCUCGACCAGGUUGUCGGUAGGGAUCGUCUGCCCUGCAUGGAUGACCAGCCCAACCUGCCUUACGUCAUGGCUUUUCUUUAUGAAUCGAUGCGAUUCACCAGCUUCUUGCCUGUCACCAUUCCUCACGCCACCACUGCCAACACCUUUGUCUUAGGCUACUAUAUCCCCAAGAACACGGUGGUUUUUGUUAACCAGUGGUCUGUGAACCACGACCCAGCCAAGUGGCCCAACCCAGAGGACUUCGAUCCAGCCCGAUUCCUAGACAAGGACGGCUUCAUCAACAAGGAACUAGCCAACAGUGUGAUGAUUUUUUCCGUGGGCAAACGGCGGUGCAUCGGCGAAGAGCUCUCUAAGAUGCUGCUGUUUCUCUUUAUCUCCAUCCUUGCUCACCAGUGCGACUUCAAGGCUAAUCAAAACGAGCCCUCAAACAUGAGUUUCAAUUACGGCCUGACCAUUAAGCCCAAGUCAUUUAAAAUCCACGUGUCUCUCAGAGAGUCCAUGGAACUCCUUGAUAGUGCUGUUCAAAAGCUGCAAACUGAGGAGGCUCGCCAGUGAGAAGCCAGGGUAGCAGAGAUGUUACAAGAAGAUCUGACUCAUUACCUGGGGAGGGAAAUACGGGUUGUUUUUUUUUUUUUCCCCAGCUCCAUUUUUGGUAUCACUUCUCUAAGUGAGCAGAGGCUAAGUGGCCUGAAGGUGAGGCGUGUUUACUAGUUCAUGGCUCCUCAUGUUUAUCGGCGUAAAUGAAUUUAGACAGAUUGUAAUAAUAUAUACAGCUUUAAUGGGGAAAUAGACUUACAGAACCACCGGUUCCCACGGAGAACAGGGAAGCAGAGAGAGCAGUGGGGCUCAGGCUUGCUAGAUUUAUAAGUAAACAUUAGCCCGAGGCGAACAUGGCCCCUAAUGGGCUGGGCUUAUCCCUACACUCAUGGGCUCAUGCUGCCCUUCCUGGAAGUAUUUUUGAGUCAGAGAAAAAGGGUCUAAGGAUUUUUAUUUUUUACAAUUAAACAUAUGCACAUAUACCAAUAGAUGUGCACAACUACCUAACAAAGUAUUUCAGUAAUUCUGCCCUUGUAGGUGGAUUUGAAAUGGAACCCCUAUGUGCGGAAAUUUACGCUUUCAGAACCUACACUAAACAAAGGUUUAGAAUAUACUCAAGAUUCAAGAUGAGUGAUUUCAAUGAAAAAUUGUGAAGACCAGAAAUUCUCCACCAAGAACCAACUUACUUGAGAAACUACUUUAAUUCCUUUGUAGUGGCCUGGCUGAGGUUUGCUUUCUUCCUGAAGACGUUCCUGCCACUUUAGGAUGGACCAUAAAGUCAGUUACUCAAAAAGAAAUUCGUAGUUAAUUCAAUAACUG